ACUUGUAACUCAUCACCAAGUUUUCUGUCAUUAAACCUGCCUAAUUUUCUCUCUCCCAAGCUUAGAAAACAGCUGGUAAUUAACCAACCAUGGCCUUCACCAAAUAUACCCUAAUCUUGGCACUUCUCUGCUAUAUCCUUAUACAAGAGUUGGAGAUCCAUAGUGGAAAUCAACACAUGGUUGCUGCUGGAGAGAUAGAUUGUAAUGGUAAGUGCAAUUAUAGGUGCAGCAAAGCUUCAAGGGAAAAGAUAUGUAUGAGGGCAUGCAGUGAUUGUUGUAGAAUAUGCAACUGUGUGCCACCAGGCACAUCUGGGAAUAGAGAUUUGUGUCCUUGUUAUGCAUCCAUCACCACACAUGAUGGAAAGCUCAAGUGUCCAUAGAUAUAUAAUAUAACUCAUCACUACUUUUAUAUAAAUUAUAUUUGAAGCUACCUUUAUUAUAUGCAUGUUGUUAAGGAGCCAGUAGUGCUGUUUCAAACUGACAAUUAAUGAAGUUUGUUAUAUGAAUAAAAAGAAAGAAGUUUGUUAUAUGAAUAAAAAAAAGAAGUUUAUUAAGGA